GAAUCUGACAACCCCAUUUUCUGAGCUAUGAAGAAAAAUCGUUCUUCCUCUUUCACUCAAUUACCAAUUUCAGUACUUAUAAAUGUAUUUUUACCUUUGUGGUUAAUGUUACUGGUUUCGGGAAUCGUGAAAAUGGCGGCGGCAAUUAUCUUGCCGGCAAACGUAAGCUUUCCGGCGGUGUUUGUGUUCGGAGAUUCACUUGUGGAUAACGGAAACAAUAAUGCACUUCUAACGCUGGUCAAGUGUAAUUUUCCACCAUACGGAAGGGAUUUUCAAGGCGGUUUUCCCACCGGGAGGUUUUCCAACGGGAAGACUCCUCCCGAUAUUAUAGCUGAAGAAUUGGGGAUAAAAGAUAUAGUUCCAGCAUAUCUUGAUCCAAAAUUGCAACCAAAAGACCUCACCACAGGUGUAACAUUUGCUUCUGGUGGAAGUGGAUGGGAUCCUCAAACACCACUCUUAGCUCUAGUUUACACAAUGGAAGAUCAAAUGAAUCACUUUAAGGAAUAUAUAGGAAAGUUAAGAGAAGUUGUUGGAGAAGAAAAAACAUGUUUUAUCUUAGCCAAUAGCUUCUUUGUAAUCGUGGCCGGCAGCAACGAUAUUACAAACACUUAUUAUAGCGUUGGGCUAAGACGACUUCAAUAUGACAUUAAUUCCUACUCCCAAUUUCUAGCUCAAUCCGCUUCUCAAUUUGUACAGGGUUUAUAUGAACUCGGGGCUAGAAGAAUUGGAGUAUUUGGCGUUCCUCCACUAGGGUGUUUGCCAUCACAAAGAACCACGAUAGGAGUAUUAAUGAGGGAAUGUUUAGCCGAGUACAACCAAGCGUCGGAAAUCUAUAGCGACACUCUUUCAUCAACACUCGCAUCUUUGAGUCUCACACUCGAUACAAAUGCUAGGAUUGUUUACAUGGACCUAUACAAUCCUAUUCUAGAUAUCAUUCAAAACGCACAACAAUAUGGGUUUGACGUCGUUGACAAAGGUUGUUGUGGGACGGGUCUAACAGAAGUUACUUUUACAUGUAACCCGCUUACAAAUACAUGUGGAGACGAUACAAAAUAUCUAUUUUGGGAUGCUUAUCACCCGACCGAAAGAGGUUACAGAAUUAUAAUUCGACAAUUACUUCAAAAGUAUCUUAGUAAGUUAUACUAGGUAUAAUUUGUACAAGGUUUAUGCAUAUCUAUUCAGCCAAUACUUCCUUCUUGUGUGAAUGUGCAUUUGAGGAACCACUACCAGCUGUUGUAGUACUAUUACCGUUAUUAUUGUUAUUACUGUUAUUACUGUUA